AUGGAAACAGUCUUGCCAUCAGCCGAAGUUUCAUUGGUGGAUACCGAAAAAUCCGGCAUUCACGCAGAAAACCCGUCAAGUGAACUGGUUCCGGAACACACGAAAGCCGAGGAGGUCGCACCCGAAGAAUGCUCUAUUCCAAAGAAAGAGACGGGUGAUUCUGAUCCCUACGUUGUGCACAUUGAAGAACCGGAAGAAGAUUUGGACUAUGACCUCAAGACCGAAAGUAUUGUUUCGAAGGAAGCCGAGACUUGUACCGACCAAGGAAAAGUCGAAAAGGAUGUUCUAAAGGACAGUGAGGAUGCAGCAAGCUGCAUCUUAAACCUUGACGGCACUGAAUUCAACGGAACAGUUAUCAAAGUGGAAGUUACAGACAAAGAGCCGGUUUCUUCAAAAGCCCUUAUUCAAUCAGCAAAGGAUCCUAUUUCCGUUAAGGAUGUUAGAAAACGUGCUGUGAGACGGCGCUUUCGUGGAGAGCUGGAGCACUAUUGGACUCAACAAGGCGUUAUUAUCGGCCGGCGUAUGCGACGGCACAUCUCACACGGACGGUUAACCGAGCCUCAAGAUACUUAUCAAGAUCAGCGGUGUCUACAACUUCUCGAGGUCUGGAGUACCUACGACGUCCUGUUCAAUCACCCAGGCCACGGCCUGCAACAUGCUUUCGGCUGUACAGUACGCCACCAACUGCAUCUGAUGCUAAUGAUUUUGGAGUUGUCAAUCGAGGAGGGAACUUGA